CAACAGUGAGGAUGAGUUCUCCAACAUGGCCGUCAUCCAGGUGCGCAUGGUAUCUGGCUUUGAGGCCGACGCCAACAACAUCCGCACGCUGAAGUCCAGACCCCCCUCCCCCUACCUCAAGAGGAUUGAUGAGGAGGGCAAAGAUGUCUUCUUCUAUUUUGAGCAGCUUGGUCAUGAGGAUACCUGUGUGGAUUUACUCGUCAGACGAGAUGUCUUUGUGAAGGAGCCACGUGACGGGGUCAUCACUGUCUUUGACUACUAUGAGAAAGCUCUGUCAACCUCGCAGUUAUACAACUUCGAGUGUCAAGGUGUGGCCUAGGAGCAGACAGUUAAGCAGCAACAUCAGCCCAAAACAUCAAAAGUGACCGCCAGGCAGUCAUCUUAUUGGCUGCUCAGUUAUAAUUCUGUUGAAAAAUAAUGUUUAAAAAACAAAUCAUCGACCAGCCAUACAGCCCUGAAUGAAGCAUGUAGGUUUUAACGUUUUAAGGUAUGCAGGGUUAUGUUUGCUUUCUUAAUUUACACAUAUAAACAGGUAUUUAUUGAAGCAUUUUAGGUAUUAUGGCAUUCCAUAUAAGCACUUAGGAAAUGAGCCAUGGGCAUCACCAGGAUUGUUUUGGGGGACGGGGGGAGGCAAAGCAAAGCACUCAUCAACAGUGAACUGAUACACCAGUAGCAGCUUUUUUAGGCAAAUUGGUGAUUUUCAUUCAUUUUUAUUUCGGUUUUAUAUUUCUUCAAUUUUUUCCCCUUUUUAUUUUUCCAACUUUUUUUUUGGGGGGGGGGGAAGCAGCCCCUGCUCACCUCCCCUUCACGACACGUGGGCCCUGAAUUUUUGGGUUUAAGUUUACUGAAGUUAUAUCAGUUGGAAUAUUGGUUCAUAUCAGCAUACACAUUAGUUUAGAAUUAAACUUCAAAUCAAAGCUUAGGUUUAAAAUGGGUAUAUCUACACAUAAAUCCCAGUUGGUGGUAUGAAAGUAGAAGUUUCCCUUAUUCAAGUGAAAAUAUGUAAUAGACUGAAAUCUCUUAAUUUUUAUGCUUCAGUGGAAAUGUUAUUAAAAAUGUUUAAUUCAUAAAAAUUUUAGCAAUACAAAAGAGCUAUGUAAUUAGACAAGAUACACAUGGAGUACGUCUGAAACUAACGGCAAAAACAAGUACAGUUGCAUCCAGAAGAUUUACAUUGUUCAGGUUUUGCUUUUGAAGUGAAAAUUAAAAGUAUGAUUAUUAGUAAUUUUUUGUUUUUUAGUUGUGUUGACUGACUGUUGUUCUGGUUAUUUUUUUGAAUGAAAAAAAAAACAACACUUCUUGUCUAAACACAAAACCUGUCCACGAGGACAUCGACAGUCAACACUGUUGCUACAUGUAGGGUCACAUGAUCUGUUAUUCCAAAGGACAGAGCAGUAUACAAACACAUUAGCUAAACCCGUGACUACCUUGAUUGUUUGUGGGUAGAUCUUUAUCGAGAUCUUUCCACUUUUUUUUUUCUCUCUCUCUCUCUUUUUUUUUGUUGACAAGAGGAAUGAGAGAGCCAUUAUCUAUCCUUGGUGACCAGCAAACAUGACCUGUCAGGAAAUAAACUGAAAUAAGUUUGCCAUUGACAGAUAAAAUGACAACCCAAAGGGGUCAACAACAAUUCCAGAGCCAUGAUUAAUAGUGGCCUUAGUUGUGUUGCUUCAAACUUGCAUUUGGGAUACUCUGACGCAUUUGGGACUUUAGAAUAAAGUUUAGAUUGCUUCUACAAAUAAAUUCAACUCUUGAAAUACUAAUACCCAUUGUUCUCUUAGGAAUCUAAAUAAAGUUCAUGGUGGAAGAGUGAUUGAA